UUUUUUUGGGCUUUAGUGGUCUUUAAUUCGGAUAGAAAGUUAAGAUUUUGUUCCGACCCACAUGCUCCUUUGUGGUUAUGAAUGCCCUUUGAGUGAUGAAGCUUUAUCCUAGUGAACUUGUUCUACCGGUUUUAAUGCGCUGAUCAAUUUUUAAGCUUUUUAAGCCAGAGCAAGGCUCCCUCUAGCUGCUGAGAAACUGAAAAAAGGAGCUGCACGUUGAUACUGACUUUGUUUUGCUUCGGUGAAUACUACAUAGAAAACUCCAUUGGGGCUUGCUCAUUGAUUCAUGGAGACUAGUGGGGCGAAUUCUUUGCUGAGGUACAGAAAAUUGGAGAACUUCUUCCGUGCUAGCACUUCCGAAGAUAUAGGAGCACCAUCAAAGGUUGCGGCAAGGGAAGAGGUGGGGCGGCAGGCUGACGUGUUCACGGAUGAUGACGGAUGGGUGUCUAUAAUGAUAUCAUGGUUAAAAAUAAUUACGUGCUUGAUGACGAUGAUGGUGACAACAAUCAUCUGGGCGCUAAUCAUGGUUGUGCUGAUUCCGUGGCCAUACGAAAGGGUUCGGCAAGGCAAUAUUUAUGGCCACGUGACUGGUAGAUUGAUGAUGUGGAUCUUAGGGAAUCCUGUGAAGAUCGAAGGUUCAGAGUUUGCUAAUGAGAGGGCAAUUUACAUCAGUAAUCAUGCAUCUCCAAUAGAUGUCUGUCUUAUAAUGUGGUUGACUCCCACUGGAACUGUUGGCAUUGCAAAGAAAGAGAUCAUUUAUUACCCUUUUUUUGGACAACUCUAUGUGUUGGCGAAUCACCUCCGCAUAGAUCGUUCAAACCCAACUGCUGCCAUUAGGUCAAUGAGUGAGGUAGCUCGUGCUGUUGUCGAAAACAAGCUCUCUCUCAUAAUUUUUCCUGAGGGGACCAGAUCGAAGACCGGACGAUUGCUUGCUUUCAAAAAGGGUUUUGUCCACCUGGCGUUGCAAACCCGCCUCCCUAUAGUUCCUAUGGUCCUAACUGGUACUCAACGAGCAUGGGCAAAGGGCAGCAUGCAUGUUCGAGCUACACCCCUCGCUGUAAAGUAUCUCCCUCCUAUAAAAACUGAUGAAUGGGUGGCCGACAAGAUCGACGACUAUGUAAAAUUGGUGCAUGACAUAUACGUUCAGCACCUCCCAGAGUCCCAGAGGCCUCUUCUGGCCCCUGAUCCUUGUAAUAAGUCGUGAGGGAAACACGUCUCUCUUGUAAAUACUCAGGCUAGAGAGUUGCUGUAUCAAGUGCUACAGUAACCAAUGGCCUGUAUAUUCUUUUUCAGCUGGGAGAUAGGGGUGGCUUGUAGUCUUUGUGGUCAUGUUGUACUAUCUGAUCAGAUUGAAAUCUGAGCAACAUCAUUACAUGCUUUGUUUCAGAUGAACUUUUUUCUACCA